UAUAUAUGAGGUCGACAUCUAAUCUCACCUGCAGACUGAGUUACCUGUGGCCAGAAGCUGUGUAGAUUGAAGCCUAACAAGAUCGUAUGUACAGACAAUGGACAACUUGACCUGGCAACAAAUGUUAAGAACUAGUGUACGGACCUCACUAUUCUGGCAAACGGAAGUGGAUUACAACAGAUAUUUGGAUUUUUUUGUCAACAUUGCCUGCAUUGCUAUAUACAUUUUCUACGUCAUCAAACAAUAUUUUCUGGAUCCGCAAACCGCUCGCAAAUGUGUCAUUUUGCAUGUUUUUACCCUAUCGUGCCUCGCAGUACUAUUCACCACUUUUGAAAUUACUCCACCUUGGCAAGUUUUCAUUACCUUAGUUGGACUAAGCGUUACUGUUAUUAAAACUCCACGCAAGAGACUUCCAAUCAAAGAUAAAGCCAUUCUAAUCACAGGAUGUGAUCGAGGUAUAGGGCAUGUUUUGGCAAAGCAACUGGACAAAACAGGUUUUUAUGUGUUUGCUGGUUGUCUUGAUGUCCGAGGUGAUGGAAGCAGAGACCUAACCAUUUCUUGUUCCGCAAAACUAAAGACCAUACAGCUAGAUGUCAGCAAGAUGUCACAGGUGGAGUCCGCUCUACAGCUUGUUCAGCAGGAGCUGACGAUGAAAGGAAUUCAGCUGUGGGGAAUCGUUAAUAAUGCUGGAAUUUGUUACAUUGGUAAUGUGGAGAUGAUGACAGAGGCAGACAUGCAGAAAAUAAUGGCUGUGAACUACAUGGGUCCUGUUCAUGUUUGUAAAUCGUUCCUUCCACUACUCCGGCGAAGUCAUGGCCGGCUCGUCAAUGUUGCCAGCAAUGCAGGUCUGGCUCCUGUUCCUCUGAUGGGAGUUUACUGUGCCUCCAAGUCAGCACUGGUAACUAUGUCUGAAGUAUGGCGCUAUGAAUUUAAGAUAUGGGGAAUCAAAGUAGCCACAAUCAUACCUAGUGGUUAUAAGACAGGAAUAAUGUCUUAUGACAUGAUAGCUACUGGAGACAGGUGGUGGAGCCAGGCUUCUCAAGCAGUCAAGGACGACUACGGACAGGAGUGUUUUUACAUCAAAUUUAAGCAGAAAAAUCGAGACAGAUUCCUUAGUGCAGAAUUUUCAGAUAUAUGUCAGAACAUUGAAGAUGCGCUGCUCUCACCAAGACCACACUCCAGAUACUACAGCGGAUUUCUGGCCAAGUCUCUCCCGUUUGUUUACCUCUACCUACCCACCUGGCUGAGUGAUCCGUUGAUGAAUAUUUUGGCAAACUGGUUUGAAUUCAAACCAAAAAUGUUGAAUCGGGGAAACUGACAUAUAUAUAGCAGGAGAGAGUGGGGUACAGCGAGGCUGAACAUAUCUGCCUAGCUCGUGUAUUUUCUCUGUUGCAGUGGGUUUUUUGUUGUUGGUGUUAUAUAUUUUCUAGUUGAUGUUUUUAAAAAUAAAAGUGCAUAUCAUAAUA